CUCGUGCUGCUUGCGGCCCGGGAAUGCGGUACUCUAUACUCUAUCAUGCAGACACACUUACACAGGACGUGUACGCCCACAACGAGCACACGAGCACACGAGCACAGCACAACUGCACAUGUGUAUGCUGUGCAGUACGUACGGGGCAAACAAUCGUCCAAACCCUCUCGCCCUGCGCGCACUCACACACUCACACACACUUCGCCAGCACUCUCACACACACACAUGCACUGCGCACAACGCCAUACCUACACAAGACCUGGGGCAGGCUGCGACAAUAUGGAGCCACCACCUAUGCCAAAUUCGAUGGUCGAUGGUCGGUGGUCGAUGGUCGAUGGGAUUGCGCGGGCAGGGGGGGUGGGCGGUCGAUGGAGGCACCCAUGGAUCGGAUUCCGGUCGUCGUAGUACUUGCUUUACUUGUAUUGAUCGAAUGUUUGUGCUUCUGACUCGCCAACGGGGCUUGUUGGGGCCACGGGUGCUGCUCCUGGUUGCUACCUGCUGCCGGUGUUGGUCCGUUCCAAGCCUGCCACGCCCGCAGCGGAAGCAUAUAUGUAGGUUCGUUCGGGUCUGUUCUCACCGGUCCACCGUCUGUGUCCUCACGACGUCACGCUCGACAACGACAACCACAACGGUAUCAUUUAUCAAUACCAUUACCAGUAUUAUUAUUCUUAUAAUUAUUAUUAUUCAUAUGCUUUCCCCCCUCAAGCCCACUCGCUAAAUCGUCAAAAACACCUGACCUCGCACAGCCUGCUCCCCCUUCCAUCUCCUUCUCCUCGCCUCUCCCCCAAUAUAAUUAUCAUCCCCGUCAAUAGUCCCCCGUGUUAUGCACACUCUUGCCAUCCUGACUGCAACAUCAGCACAAUGAACCCAUCAUCGUCAUUACCAUCAUCACAACAGCCCUCCAGCUUCCACAUCCCGACCAUAGACAUCAGCCCCUACCUCGAGGAUGCCUCCACCGACGCCGCCAGGAAGGUCGUCGACGACGUGCGCAACGCCUGCAUGAACACGGGCUUCUUCUCCCUCGUCGGCCACGGGAUACCGCGCGAGAUGCAGGACGGCGUGCUGGACGCUGCCAGGCGGUUCUUCGACCUGCCCCUGGCCGAGAAGGAGGCGCUGCGGCACCCGCUCAUCAAGAACAGGGGCUACGAGAUCAUCGGCGCCCAGACACUGCAGGAGGAUACCCUGCCCGACCUGAAAGAGGUGAGAGCAAAGCACCCAGCCUAGCAUAUUCAUGACCCAUACAUAUCUGGGCAUGUUGUCUGUGUGGUGGAGUAUCAUCAAUGUCUCCAGAAGGCGUGAACCUGGGGGGGGGCCGGGGGGGCAAGGGGAAAGAGGGAACAAGAAAGAGACGAAGGGGUGAUCGUCCACGUGCUCCGUGCAAGGGGAAGAUGAGAUUGGGAAACCAUGCCAACCGCGACAAAAACACAGGGCUUCUACAUCGGCAAGGACCUCCCCCUCGAGUCGGACAAGGUCAAGGCCCACCCGGAGCUGCUGGGCCAGAACAUGUUCCCGGACUCGAUGCCCGAGUCCGACUUCCGCCUCCCCACCGAGCGGUACUACGCCGCCGUCAUGGACCUGUCCAUGCGCGUCCUCGAGAUCCUGGCCAAGGGGCUCCCCUACGGCGACGACAUCUUCCACGAGUUCGUGUCCAACGACCCCGUCUGUAUCAUGCGCCUGCUGCACUACCCGCCCCAGCCCCAGGCCCAUGUUCCUCCUGCGCCCCGCGGCAAGAAGCAGCUUGGUGCUGGUGCGCACACUGACUUUGGCGCCAUAACCCUCCUCCUCCAAGACUCAGCAGGCGGCCUACAGGUCCAGGACCCGCACGCGGGCACGUGGCACGACGUGGCGCCCAACGCGGACGCCUACGUGGUCAACAUCGGCGACAUGCUGGCGCUGUGGACAAAGGGCAUCUACCGCAGCGCCGUGCACCGCGUCAUCAACUCGAGCGGGGCCCACCGCUACUCGGUGCCCUUCUUCUUCGACGGCAACGCCGAGGCCCAGCUGGCCCCCUUUGACGGCAGCGAGCCCGUCGGCGGGCGCGUCGUCACCGUCGAGGAGCACAUGCUCCAGCGGCUCGGGAUGAGCUACCGGAGCGGCGGCGGCGUGGGGAGGGGCGCCGGGGCUGGGGCCGGGGCCGCCGGGGCUGGGGCCGGGGCCGGGGCCGGGCUGGCUGUUUCGGCCUCUGCGUGACGACGCUUCCCUAGUGUCUUGUUCUGGAUUUCCUUGUUUGCUCUCUUUUUUUUUUCUCUUCUUCUUCUUCUCCCUCAUAUCUAUUGCCUAAUUUGCCUGUUGGGGGAUAAAGGGUGGGUGGUGUGGUGUGGUGUGGUGUGGCUGUCGUGCUUUCGUGCCUUACCAGGGCCGGGGGGAAAAAAAGGUUGGACGAUCUGCGCAUUGGGGAGGCGGCUGGCGGAGGAAUUCCCCGAAGCUCGUCACGCGUUUGUCUUGUGUUCCACGUUUGUCUUUUUUCUCCCGACAUAUUACUCCGGGUUGUUGCAGGGGUUGUCAUCAGGCUCUCGCUCUCCUCUCUCACUCUUACACAAAUGUCUAUUACCAACCAUCACGAGGACAACAAAUCUCGCUCACAUAUUGUCGAUAGUUUCACGCCGAAUCAUCAUGGACCCAAUCGAGGUUCUCUCUUUUACUUUACCAUGGGUGCUCAAGUGCUGCUUGGACUGGACUGGCUGGGGCUGGGUGCCUCGGCCGAUUGGUGACGCCAAUCAUAGGGUAGGCAAUGUGCCUGCGGACGAUAAUCAGAGGACGAGAACAACCCGGCAUGUCUCGCUUCGUACGACCGUACGCAACAUUCGGCCUCGGCGCGUCCUCUGCGUGUGUGUGUGUGUGUAUUUCUGUGUCCCGUGCCACGAGAUCUUCCCCUCCCCCUCCCACCACCAUUCCUAUCCGCCCGCCCAUCCGCCGGGUAGCUGGGUGUCACUGGGGAUGAUGGUAUGGGGUAGGGUAGGAGAGGGGGGCAGGGGGGAGGGUGAAGGGUGUUGGAAUCUGGCGUAACCCAAUGAUUACGGGUCGUCCGACGCAGGCGCCCGUCGAUGCCAGUGGGCAACACCCGCUUCUGGGCAAGUCUUUCUUGGGUUCCUGCUUACCUGCUUACCUGCCAGCCUGCCUGACAGCGCUGCCGAAUUGCCCUUGUGCCCCGCCCACGUGAUGCUUGUGCGUUCCU